AUGCAGUUGCGGGUGGGCAACCAAGCGGCGAUCGCGCAGAUCGCGGGAGAUGCAUUGUCGCUGAAGGCAAAACAUGUGGAUGUGCUCCUUAAGUUCCUUUGCGACUACUUGCGUCGCGGCAUCAUCACGGCGAGCUAUGUCAGAUCGAAGCAGAUGCUCGCAGACCUCCUCACGAAGGCGUUGGACGCGACGAAGCACUCGACACUGCGCGCACUCGUGCGCAUUGGUUAA